CCCCCAGUGGGCCGGGUCCGCGCUGCCGCGGGGCUGGCGCAGCCGUGCCGUGGGGCGGGGGGCACGUGCACGUGGCCGUCAGUCGUACUGAGGCGGGCAGAGAUCGCGAAAGAUCGCCCCACAUUGUAGAAAAGGUUCGGGUUUCCCAGAGGAGACGAGCUCGGCCCCGGCAGCACGAGUCGGGGCUGCUCCUUGGAAAUUAGAAAAACACGUUGCGGGAGGGUUUUAUUACCUUCGGGUCUGUUGGCUGCAAAAACGUUUCUGUCCGUGUCUGCGAGCUCGGUAGCAAACCGGGUCCCCUGACACCGUUGUACACGGCGCUCGGGAUCUCGCACGACUCCUAGACAUCGCCAUCCCUUGGGCUGGGAACCAACCCACGCCCGCGCGCAACAGCUGUGGGCAUCUGUCCGGGACUGGCGGCGGAGGAAGGUGCAGGCGCCCAGGCCGGGGCUGCGAAUCCCACUGCCCCGCGCAACAACGCGCCCCACGGCCGAAGAGCGGGCACGUCCCGAAUCGGGCUCCUCGGUCCCCGGAGGUCCCGUCCAGCCUGACCCACGUCGUCCUCCGCUCCCAGGGGCUGCCGGAAAUGAGUGGGGGGAGACGGGUAUCCACAUUUGGAUCUCAAUAAUAAAUGGUGAUCCUCUUUGACUAGACUUGGGACCGAACAGGUGCCCACAGCUCUUCUGGCUGGACGUCCGCUUUCCAUCCCAGGGGCUAAAAGAUGCUCCCGGUGUGUGCAGGAGUUGUGGAAGAUCCCAUCCGCUGUGUCGCAGACCGGUCUUCACGUAAUGAUUUAAGGAGAACCUGUUUAUUACCGUACUUGCAGAGACUGAUGCGCGUCUCAAACACAGAGAAAUGAAUCUGGCUUUUACACCAAACGGAUCCAAAUGUAAUAAACCGUCUCGCAGUUUUCACUUAUGAAGCUAAGCCUCCUGCAUCUAAGGUCCAGGAAGUUCGGAUUCAGAGGCUGUGGCCCUCGCUCCUGUGCUCGACAACAACCGAUGCCCCUCUUCUCUGAGCGCACGUCCAAUUUCUGUUUGAAUCCGGCUACGCUGGCAGCGUCCACCACAUCUGGUGGAAACAAGCUCCACCCGCUAGUGACCAAGGACCUCCUUGCAUUUGUUUUAAACUUCCCGCCUGCUCGUUUCUUGUUGUGACCCCUAGUUCUUCUCUUGCGAGACGGGGGAGAUAAUUACUUCACUCUAACAAGUCCAAGUCCACGGUGUUGUGAUAAGUUAUAAGCCAAGUGCAAAGAUACUUUCUGGAGCGCAAGCAGGAUUCCUCAUGACUUUCUCGUCACCAUUUAGCAGUUUGUAAACCCUUAUCACGCCCCCCUCGAGCUGUAUUGAAAUCUGUCCUCUGUGGGUAUCUGAGGUAGCCCAGCCAUGAGCUCUGGAACAAGCGAGGCACGAGCAUUGAGCUAAACUGCUGCUGGCCAUUUAGUAGUAGGGGUUGGGAGGUGGAAGGAGCAACAGCGGCUCCUCCUCGCACUGGUAGGUAGUGUGUCUUUUCUCCCUGUGCAGAGGACAGUAGCCAGGGAGCAGACUUUAAGGAACAUAAGAAUUGCCAUGUGCUGGGUCAGACCAUCUUGCCCAGUCACUCGUGUUACACUGCAGCCUGCGCAGACUCAACCAUGUCUGGCCACAGCAAAGCGGGCACGGCGCUGGGGAAAGGAGGUGCCAGGUGCCACCACAAAGUUCUCCGUGACAUCAUCCAAGGCUUCAUCAACCCAUCCGUCUGCCGCCUGGCUCGCCAUGGCAGCAUGAAGCACAUCUCCAGCCUCAUCUAUAAGGAGACCCACGAGGUGCUGAAGGGCUUUCUGCAGAACAUGAUCCGUGACACCGUCACCUACACCGAGCAUGCCAAGCGCAAGACUGUGACCCCCAUGGAUGUGGUCUACGCGUUGAAGUACCAGGGUCGCACCUUGAUUCAGUGGCUAAACUUUCAGUAUCAAGUCCUCUUGUAUCGCACAGUGGCAGAGAGUAGAUGCUGAAAGGGAGAGUGAACUGGGCCUGACCAGUGCUUUUCCAUCCAUUGUUCCUCUCUCCCUUGCAACUCCCAGCAUUUAAGGUCUAUGAAGUUCUAGUUUAGAGGUGGUGCCCCUCAUUCCCUAACUUUACGCUGGGAGUUAGUCCACCUCAUCUCAUACGUACUACUUCUAUAGUCCGGCCAGCUCCUGAUGUCUCGCUGUUCUUUCCUUUAGCCACCAGUGCUCUCCCCCAACCCCUCAUUACUUCAAAACUCCCUCGCAGCUCCACUCCUUGUCAUAUAUGGUGUCAUACAAAUCUUGAUAACUACAUUCACCAUGUGUGUGGGUGCGUAUGUAGCCAUGUGUGCAGCACAUAGAUCUUUACGUUUACUAUUUAGCAUUUACUCUGCCUUGUGCUCUAAACACCCUACAGACUGUACGUGUACUUUGCAGAUUCUGCACAUAGCAUUCUAUGCAGAAGGGGACGCCUGGCAUGUAUCGUCUAUCACACAACCUGCAUUAAUUCUCCUUACGCUGUAAAUGCAACAUACGUUCACAAAGUACCUGCACCAUACAUGCUCCAUGCACACUACUACACAUUGCAUUUCAUUCAUAAAAUCAUAGGGUAGUAGGGCUGGAAGCAUAGGCAGUGGAAGGCCGGGGCUAAUAGGGCUUAACUUCUCAAACUGAGCUGGCAACAGCAGCUCCAGUGCUACCACUGCUGCAGUGCUGCACCCAGUGCUCCCACUGUGCACUCCACUGCUGCGUGCACAGCACCAGUGCGUGCCCACUCCAAAACAGCCCUACUGGAGGGAAGGGCGGGGUCUGGUGGGCUCACUCUGCAUUGCCCAACCCUCCAAAUGAUAUUUUCUAGUGCCGCUUAUUGUUGGAAGAAACCUCCAGAGUCCAAGCCCAUGCCUGAGGCAGGAUCAUCCCUAUCCAAACCAUCCUAUGCAAUCCAUCAUCUAAAUUCUACAUAAGACUACCGUCAACCCUGACACAACACAGACAGGCCUAACACUAACUUGCCACAAGUAAAGCAGGGGAACCAUGGCAGCCAGCACUGCUUCUAUGAAACAUUCAUAGAUUCAUAGAUUCAUAGAUGUUAGGGUCGGAAGGGACCUCAAUAGAUCAUCAAGUCCGACCCCCUGCAUAAGCAGGAAAGAGUGCUGGGUCUAGAUGACCCCAGCUAGAUGCCUAUCUAACCUCCUCUUGAAGACCACCAGGGUAGGGGAGAGCACCACCUCCCUUGGGAGCCUGUUCCAGACCUUGGCCACUCGAACUGUGAAGAAGUUCUUCCUAAUGUCCAGUCUAAAUCUGCUCUCUGCUAGCUUGUGGCCAUUGUUUCUUGUAACCCCCGGGGGCGCCUUGGUGAAUAAAUCCUCACCAAUUCCCUUCUGUGCCCCUGUGAUGAACUUAUAGGCAGCCACAAGGUCGCCUCUCAACCUUCUCUUGUGGAGGCUGAAAAGGUCCAGUUUCUCUAGUCUCUCCUCGUAGGGCUUGGUCUGCAGGCCCUUGACCAUACGAGUUGCCCUUCGCUGUACCCUCUCCAGGUUAUCCGCAUCCUUCUUGAAGUGUGGCGCCCAGAAUUGCACGCAGUACUCCAACUGCGGUCUGACCAACGCCCUAUAGAGGGGAAGUAUCACCUCCCUGGACCUAUUUGUCAUGCAAAUAUUGGCAAUAUAUAUUGGCAAUAUCAUUGGCAAUAUACAUUUAAGAAGGUCAUGCCCCCUGUUACAGAGAAAGGCAAAAACCUCCAUAGUCCAUACCAAUCUGACCAUGGGGUAAAAUUCCUUCCUGACCCCAAAUAUGGGAAUUGGUCUGUCCCUGAGCAGAGGGGAAAAACCCUCUAGCCAGGAGCCUCUGGCUUUGUGUGUACCAUAAAUCAUACAUGCCCCAUACAUCUUGAAUAUCCAGUGAGCCACAUAUCUGUUAUACAUCAUAGCUCCAAAGAGGAGCUUAAAGUGAAAGAACUUUCAGAGAGUUUUGAGUAAGAUUUUAAAUGUCUCACUGAGACGUGUGGCAAGCACUCUGUCUAAAUAUACUGAAAAAAAUAGGUGUAGUUUCUUGUCCUUUAAACCCAAUGCCUAGAAGGGUUGCAUGCUUCCAGGAUGCUCUAAGCACCAUACUUGGGCCUUACUGUACAAAGGUUGAGGACUUAAAGUGUGCAGGACUUGCACCAUGGUGCAAUGAUAUCUCCAACUCAAGUCUUGUCACCUACAGCUACAAAGAAAAGCCAUCUCCAUCCUCUCUUUAAUCACCCUUAAGGUAUUUGAAGACUGUUAUCAGAUCGCCCCCUCAGGUUUCUCUUCCCCAGACCAAAAAACACUAAUUCUUCCUUUUUGGCCUCUUGUGGGCUCAGAUCAAGCAUAGUCAAUGCUUGCCUGGCAAGGGAAACACUGUGACAGUGGACGCGGUCUUCCUAGCUGCACCGGGGAAGGCCGCUCUCCUGGCACAGGGAUAGUACCUGCCAAGGCAAUGUAUAGUGAACUUCACACUUAGCUGCUGGAGUGGGAAGGUCUUGGCUUUAAGCCCACUUUAUGGAAAUGGGAGACUCCUCCCUGGCUUGCCCCGGAGCCUUAUGGCUGAGGGCAAGGAAAACUCGGGGGCAUCUGACUCCCAAGCCUCUGGGCUUGGGCCUGCAAGUAGGAUGCCUACCAAAGCUUUUGGGAACAUCUGAAGCCCCAGAUGGGGGUGGAGGAUGUUUGCUGGUAGUAGGACCACUUAUCGUUCUGGACUAUUGGAUUUGGAAUUCGUUUUGGCUAAUUUGGCCUGGGAUACAUAAAAUUAAAAAAAAAAAAAUGUCUUGUUGCCCAGGCCUGUAAUAAUUUUUAUUGCCUUACAUUGGACUUCUUCCAAAUGCUCCACAUCUUUCUCGAAGUGGGGUGCCCAAAACUAGACACGGUACUUCAGAUGAGGCCUCACCAGUGCUAAACAGAGAAGAAGAAUCACCUCCCUUGACUUGCAAGUGACACUCCUGUUAGUACAACCCAGGAUGUUGUUGACUUUUUUGCGAACAAGAGCACACAUGUUGGCUCAUUUUCAGCUUCAUGGAUUCAACCCUGCAAAUUUCAUAUUGAUUCUAAUAAUGCAGGAUGGGGACUACAAGAUGGAAAGCCUUUUGGGGAGAGGCUCAUUUUUACAUUUGCUUUUCAACACUUAUAUAAAUGGCUAAUAACCGAAUAAGAUACAGUCCCCGCCAUGAAGAGUUUGCAGCCUUAAACAUUAAAGCACAGCGAUAUGGGUGAAGAAGCUAAGGAGAAGUCAGUAUUGAUGAAUGGUCUAGCAAUUGUAAGACACUUGAGAAGCAAGACGCAUCAAUUCAAAUAUAAUCUUGGGGAAGUAUGAAAAAAACCCCCACAACAAAACCCUUGCAGUUCUUCCCUCUUCUUCAGACAAUAGUGGGCUCCUAAACCUGAUUUCCAUAAGAAUGGAAAUCUCUGGCGUUAAAAUGCUGCUUGGAAUGUGUGUCCCCUCUGCAAACCUUCUUCUCAAUGAAAGGAGAGGGGAGGAAUAAACAGUGGUUUCCAAAAGGGCUUGGACUGUCAAAGUGGCCCGUGACAAGCCAAUUGUUUCUGGAGGGAAAAAAAAAGAAAACGGGCUUAGAGUGAGCACAGACAUAGUGAUACUGCAAUCAGAAUUAAGUGGGAGGGAAAUCUAGAAAUAUUUUGAUUCAUUCAACUUACAGUGAACCUUGGCUUAAAGUAAAGCUGUUGUGCGAGGGAAAGAUCACUCCAAUAGGAACUAAGCACGGCAAUGAAGCCUUCAUGAUGAAUGCUCUAGGAGCCAAAGUCUUCCCUCAAUCACAGCCUACUGAUUUCAACUCCCAGUGAUUGCUUCUUGGAUAAAAUGUGGUACUUUAAGAGCACUGGACAUAAAAAGCACUCUGUAAAAAUGUGUGUGUGUAUUUCUAUAUCUUAACAGGGUUAACGAAGGAGGGUCAAUGUGUUUGUUCAUUUCAAUUUACCAUACGGUACCCUUACCAAUGCAGGCUCAGGACAGUUAACAAUAAGAUAUCAGAAUUGCUUAAACAAAAUGAAAAAACUUAAAAGCAGCAAAAUUAUCAUCUUACUUUGCACAUACAAGUUCAGCUGUACAGAGCCCAGAGAAUGGACACAUGACAUAACUAAUACAUUUUGGUAACCUUGAAUAGAUCUUGUUGUAUGGGCUUUUAAUUUUGGACAGACUGCAUAUGCGACAAUUACAAAUCUGGCUGGAAGACCAUAUUAUGGAUGGGAAACUGAGGCACAGAGGGCUUUUGAAACACAUUUUAUUACUUUUUUUAAAGGGCUCUGGUUCAUUCUUGGAAAAGUAAGGCUUUGCACUCAGUGUGUUGGAAAUAAAGCAAAUACUGUGCACAGUUACACUGUACCAAAUAAUUCAUACAUAUAGGUAAGUGCUAUUAAAACACAGUUAUGGCAUGCUGUGCCUAAAGUAUCUCUAGCUGAGCUUUUAGAAAAUCUGAAAG